AUGUCAAGCACUACAUCAACUUCAUCCACGUCAACUAGUACCAGUAGUAGCACCUCGACCAGCACUAGCACCUCCAGCAGCAGUUCCAGCACAACAUCCACAAGCACCAGCACCACUUCCUCCAGCAGCUCGAGCACCACGUCAUCGUCAUCCACCUCAACAAGUACGAGCAGCAGCAGUUCGACCAGUACAAGCACUACUCGAACUACCUCCAGCACCACGUCCACAAGCACCACCAGCACUUCCUCAUCCACUUCGAGCACCACAUCGACGUCGACCACAUCGACAUCCACCACAUCAACCAGCACUAGCAGCAGCAGCUCGAGCAGCACUACAAGUAGCACAACAACCACAAGCAGCACUAGCACGUCCUCCUCAUCUUCUUCCAGCACAACGACGUCCACGUCUUCAACUUCAACGAGCAGCACCAGUACCUCUAGCAGUAGCUCCAGCACGACGUCCACGAGCACCAGUAGCACCUCGUCCAGCAGCUCAAGCACGACGUCGACAUCAUCCACCUCAACAAGUACGAGCAGCAGCAGUUCGACAAGUACGAGCACCACACGCACCACCUCCAGCACAACGUCCACAAGCACCACCACAACCUCCUCAUCAAGCUCAACCACUACAUCAACGUCGACGACAUCCACAUCGACAAGUAGCAGCAGCACCACCAGCACUAGCACCUCCAGCAGCAGUACCAGCACGACGUCCACGAGCACCAGUAGCACCUCGUCCAGCAGCUCAAGCACGACUUCCACGUCAUCCACCUCGACAAGUACGAGCAGCAGCAGUUCCACAAGUACGAGCACCACACGCACCACCUCCAGCACGACCUCCACAAGCACCACCACAACCUCCUCAUCAAGUUCAAGUACUACAUCAACUACGACGAGUAGUAGCAGCACGACCAGCACUAGCACCUCCAGCAGCAGUUCCAGCACGACGUCCACGAGCACCAGUAGCACGUCGUCCAGCAGCUCAAGCACGACGUCCACAUCAUCCACCUCGACAAGCACGAGCAGCAGCAGCUCCACCAGCACGAGCACCACGCGCACAACCUCAAGCACAACGUCGACGAGCACUACCAGCACAUCCUCUUCAACUUCAACCACUACAUCAACUACGACCAGUAGCAGCAGCACAACCAGCACUAGCACCUCCAGCAGCAGUUCCAGCACCACGUCCACGAGCACCAGUAGCACUUCGUCAACCACGUCAAGCACUACAUCAACUUCAUCCACGUCAACUAGUACCAGUAGUAGCACCUCGACCAGCACUAGCACCUCCAGCAGCAGUUCCAGCACAACAUCCACAAGCACCAGCACCACUUCCUCCAGCAGCUCGAGCACCACGUCAUCGUCAUCCACCUCAACAAGUACGAGCAGCAGCAGUUCGACCAGUACAAGCACUACUCGAACUACCUCCAGCACCACGUCCACAAGCACCACCAGCACUUCCUCAUCCACUUCGAGCACCACAUCGACAUCCACCACAUCAACCAGCACUAGCAGCAGCAGCUCGAGCAGCACUACAAGUAGCACAACAACCACAAGCAGUACUAGCACGUCCUCCUCAUCCUCUUCCAGCACAACGACGUCCACGUCUUCAACUUCAACGAGCAGCACCAGUACCUCUAGCAGUAGCUCCAGCACGACGUCCACGAGCACCAGUAGCACCUCGUCCAGCAGCUCAAGCACGACUUCGACAUCAUCCACCUCAACAAGUACGAGCAGCAGCAGUUCGACAAGCACGAGCACCACACGCACCACCUCCAGCACGACCUCCACAAGCACCACCACAACCUCCUCAUCAAGUUCAACCACUACAUCAACGUCGACGACAUCCACAUCGACAAGUAGCAGCAGCACAUCAUCAUCCAGCACUACAUGGACCAGCUCUUCGACGACAUCCUCAAGCAGCACGACCAGUAGCACCAGUAGCACGACGACAAGCUCAAGUACCACGUCGUCAUCGAGCACCACCACCAGCACAACUAGCUCAACCAGCACCAGCUCUUCGACGUCGUCCAGCAGCUCUACAAGCUCGACAUCCUCGUCCACGACGACGACUCUCACCAGCACCACUACCAUCACACACACUGCAACAACAACUAGCAGCACCGUCAGCAGCACCACUUCCUCCACGACAAGCAGUACAACUACCACCUCAACGUCCUCCACGACCACCCUUGUAUUCCUUUCGAUUGACUCUGCCGAAGUUUUGAAUGAUUUCCAGGUGCUGCGCCUGACGUUCAAUGAGCCUGCCAGGCUGCGCACCGUCGGUCUGGUAGCUGACCUGGGUGCAGGCAAUUGGCUCGCAGACGAUGCGCCUUGUGCCGAAAUCUUCGAUGCUGCAAUGCACGAAGCACUCGGAUCUCCGCAGACUUGCGUUUGGUCGCAGGAUCACCGAGAGCUGGACGUACCUCUCAGUGCGACUGCCACGCUCCUGUUGGGUGAGAACGUGACAACUGGUGUAAACACUGUGGUGCCAGCAGGAAACAUCGCUUUUCUGCCAACUCCGCCACUAAGCAGCCCGAUUUUCACGAGGCAGACCUUCUUCAAUACCACUUCUGGGCUGGUCUCCUCGCACGAGAGCACGAGGUCCUGCACCGCGCUGACAUUUACGAGUGUGAACUUGACUGGUGAUGCCGGACGCCCGUAUGUCGUGGAAUGGAGUUUUGGACCCGAAACUCCUCUUCCCAUGCGAAGUUCGCUGGAAGGAGUUCUCGCACGUGCCAGUGACCAAGAUUCACUGGUCCUGAGCAUAACGGCUGCGGAGUUCAAUGCUGGUGUGGAUGCUGUGUUUCAGGAGCUCGGUGAGGUGCCGCGAGUUCGGCUGGAGAUCGUGGCCGCUGUCAGAAAUUGGCUCGGUGUGGAGACAGCGACCUAUUCCAAUGCCUUUGUGCGAGUAGACCAGGCCCCUCAAGUCGUUCUUGCAAGCCCAGCAAAUGCGACUAUCCUGAACAGUGACGAGGUAGAGUUCAGCUUGCAGACGGUCUUGCUGGAGGAUGCCACGUGCUCUGAUGCCGAUCGCUACAAUCGGAUCAUCGAGGUUGACUGGGAGUACAAGAACGACACAACAGACACGUGGCUCAGGCUUUCUGAUGCUGGUUCCUUAGUGGACACAGUGGCCUCGCCGUUUGUCAUCAACUUCGCUCCCUUCAGCUUCGAAGCGAACUCCUCGCACUCUUUCAGGGCCACGGCCUACUUCGCAGGUGCAUUCUCGUCUUUGGAAGAAAACACACGAGUUGAAACCUUCACCCUCGAUGUGCUGCCUCGAUUGACUCCCAUCGCCGUGGUGCAGGGUCCAGCCGAGACGUCGGCCAGCUGUGCCUUCUUCGUAACGGCCGAGGCAUCGCAAGACCCGUCAUUGGCUCCCUGGCGGACCCCAAGCUUCCGGUACAAAUGGACCUGCGAAUCGCAAGGGGAAUACUCAGCGGCAUGUAGCACAUUGACUGGAGACACCGAGACACUGACAGUGCCGGGGCGCACUUUGGAGGAAGGCACGUACACCUUCAGCGUUCUCGUGUGGAGACGCGACCAGACCGAAGCAGAUGCGGGGCAAGCUUCUGUAACGGUCACACUCAAUUUCUUCGGUCUUCCGCCUGUUCUGAUUGCAACCCCGUGGCUGAACGGCAGUGCCGUUUCAACCCAAGUCGGUUGGGGUCGUGCUGGGCCGACCGCAGUGGUCUCUGGAAGCGACCUUUGUACGGUUCCGCCGCUGACGUCUUGGAUAUGGGUGCUGACGGAGUCCUCAUCUGGUCGGAUCUUAUCUGUAAUCGAACCGGAAGGCACUGGCAAUCAGACGUAUUCUGAGUUGAUCAUCCCGGUAUUUGAUGGCUCACAAAUGGUCCGCGGCAGCUAUUACGAGUACGUGAUGCUGUUCGGAUCAAGCGUGGUCUUUCAAGACCUGCGUGGAGGAGCAUAUGCCACGGUGGCAACCGCCGUUUCAGCAGGCGGAAUGCAGGCCGUGCGCUCCAAUCGCUUCUUGGCGGAUGGACCGCCUCAGCCUCGAGCAGAAGACGCGGUGAACGUGACGCCUGCGGAGGGCUAUGCGGUGGUGACGACGUUCGAGUUCACAACAGAGGGCUGGCAGGAUGAACAGCCGUCCUUGCUGGAAUACGAGUUUGUUGACUUUGCCUUGGAUGACCUGCUACGCCUAGCCAGUCCGUGGGACACGAAUGCCGCUGUAGCGGCAAUUGAGUGGCAGGACGCAUCGAGUCCCAAUCAUUGGGCAAAGCUGAAUGGGGUGACGCUGCGUGGAUGGUCUACAUCGCCUACAGCAUCAAGCCCUAUGACCCUGGGAUCCCAUGUGACCGUCGUGCGUUCACGCGAUCAUUUGGGGGCAAGCAGCGCAACCGGACUAAUGGGGCCAUUGGUUUCGCAGCCUGUGGGUGGAGUUGACCCGAAUGUUGCGGUCGCUGCACUGGCGAGUGCCAAAGCACAAAGCAACGCCGACAGUAUCCUGAACGCUGUCGCCGCUGUGAGCUCGGUGAGCAUCGAUGGCGACGAGGAGACUCAGAAAGCAGUCGUCAAUGCAGAGCUUGAUGCUUUGCAGCUGGCUGCUGAAAUAACUUCUGCCGAGAGCUCGGGCCUGAAGAAGGUUGGUGAUGUGAUGGCAAGCACGAUGUCCAAGGGAAGUUCAGCUGCCGACCCGGCCAUCGUUGAAAAGGCGGCGGAUGUUCUUGACACUGUGCUGGAAACAGCACUGACUCCUGGGGCGAUGAACAAGGAUGCCGGAGAUUCGCUGCUCGGGAGCGUCGCAGCGAUGGUGUCCGGAAGCUCCUCGUCCUCCAGUGGUGUCAGCGAGGAGCAGAAGGCCACAACCACUUCGAAGCUCAUCGGCCUGACCUCCAAGCUGGGGCAGUCGGUGAUGAACUCGAUUGAGGUCAAUGCCACGCAGGUGCUGACAUCCGUGGGUGCCGAUGGCAAAGGCUCCCAGGUGGUGGUCAAGAAGCAAUCGACGGAAGAUGUCCAGAGGAACGGCGUCAAUGCUCAUGGUGUUUCUGUGCCCUCAUCAGCUUUAGCUGGAGCUCGGCGAUUGCAAGCCGAUCCUUCUUGUGAGACUAUCGGGUUACAGUCCACGGAUUGGAUCGGCACGAACCCUUACGCUUGGGCGAACGAGAGUCUCGGUGCAAACCGAGAGGUUUCGGAGAACGCCACAGUAACCAUUGUGGAGUUGACAAAGUGUGGUUACUCUAUCAACUUCCGGGGCUCAGCCGUCUCUGUCAGCGUGGUCGUGCCAAGCACCGAUGAUCCACUGGCGCAGCUAAUUUGUCUAUAUUUCGACCCCAGUUCCAAUUCCUGGACCGCAGCUGAUGUGGCGCUGACAUCUGUGGAUGAUGAUGGGGUAAGAGCGAGCUGCUCUUCGACCCAAGGUGGAGGUGCGUACACUGUUUUCCACAGGAACUCAAUUGCCAAUGAAUCAGAGCAAGGUGGCAUCACCUUUCUGGCAGUAGCCAUUGCUUUGCCUCUGAUCGUGAUGGGCUCGGCGGUUGCAGGAGGGGGUCUCUACAUGAUGCGAAAGCGCAUCCACGAAACGAAGUCGAAGAGCAAGGUCUUCCCGGUGGAUGAGGAAGCUGCGAAGCUUUCCAAAAGCCCAAGUUUGCGGGAGGUGGUCACGCACACCCCGCCAGGAGAGCCCGACGCAGAUCUUCCAGGGUUCGUCAACGAUCCGUCGCCGGUGGCCGUAGAGCGAGUCGAGAGAGGAAAUCAGAAGCUGCAGCUUCCAGUAGCGAUCUCUCGCGAGCGGGACGACGACGAGCUGAGCAAUUUGAGCAAUGCUGCCAUCAGCGAGCUGCGGCGCAGGAGUCAUGGUGAAAUUCCACCCACUCCGGGGAUCCAAGAUCGGCCACCAACCGCGGACGGUAACGGCGGGCCAGAGAGUCCCAGUCCGGACGCGCUCUACAACUGGCUGGCGCAGAACGAUUCGUCCUCGGCCCACGUUAUACCAGUGAACGUUCCGGCAAGAAACGGGAGUCGAUCUCGCGAGCCGUCUGCGGAGCACCCCGCAGCUCAAGCGUUCUAUCCAGAGCCCACGGAUUGGACCAGCGGUUCUGCUGCAGGGCAGAACCUGGCCGUUCCCGCCCAGGCGAGAAGGUCAAGGUCACGGGAACCUGCCACCGUGCGUGUGGUGAGAAGAGCAGAUGCCGCUUCGACUGCUGCCUCUGCAGCAUCCUCGACCUCGCCACCUCGGAGAGUUGUGGUAGGCAAUCGCUACGAGCCGCGGGCUAGUCAGCCAGACAAGCAACCUCGGAUCACUGUCACGGCCCGGCGUCCAGUUACAACGGCGAAGGCGAGCUCUCGCAGCCAAACGCCAGAGCAACCAAACCGGAGCCAGGUUGUCUACGCCCAGGCGAGGCGGAGAUCUUCCAGUGCGGCACCAUCUGGCUCAGAGGCCAUGUCUGCAGCUCCCGAUCGGCGGGACAGCAUGGCCCGCAGUCAGGCCGAAACUGGCUCCACUGUGAGCACUGCUCUGCGGGUUACUGCAAGACGGGUCUCGUCGUCGCGGCCAUCGAGCACUGCCCCUCAUCGAGUAGUUGCAACCUCCGUUCCCCGCGAACCCAGUUGUGUUGGCAAACUGAGACGAGCAGAAGAGGCCAGUGGCUUGCAGUCGCCAACCAACUCGCUGGAGCCCGGCUUCCCUACGCUGCUCAUGAAGGGUGCUCCUUCCAUGCAAACUCUGCAAAGUCAAAGUGUGCAGAGUGUACCAACUGAGCAGACUGCAGAGCCGACUCCGCUGAACCGAACCCUUGAUUGA